AUGCGCCUCAACAGACAAAGCCUGCCUCUGUACAAAUCCAGAAGUGCUUAUGCAAAGCGUGGUCGGAUGCUCCGCUACACCACGACGAACUCCACCCUAGGCUAUUGCGAUGUUCCAGUAAGAGAUAAUUCGCUGGUAAUCGAGGUCAUCAGUGGUGUCUUCGGAGGCCUCGCCUUCUUAUUUGUCGUUCUGAGAAUGUGCACGCGGAUACCACCAUUCAAGGCUGGGUUCGGCUUGGAUGAUGUCUUGAUCCUUGCCGUGACUGUCGUGAUGAUGUUCACGACAGCAGCUCAAUUUGCAGGUACCCGCAAGGGGUAUGGCAGAGAUCUUUACACAGUCCCGCCCGACAACAUAACCCCAAUACUGAAGUGGUUCUAUGCCGGUGAAUCCAUGUACGAUUUCUGUAUCUCGGUCACCAAGUUAUCGAUCCUUGCAUUCUAUCUGCGGAUCUUCACCGACCGCACCUUCAAGAGACUUACAUAUGGCAUGAUGGCAAUCUGCACAGCUUAUGCUGUUGCGACAAUAAUAGCAACCAUUUGGCAAUGCACACCUGUGUCAUAUGUUUGGACCAGCUGGAGUGGUGAGACGGAAGGGCAUUGUAUCGAUGUCUUUCUCUUGACCUGGAUCGCGACUUCGCUCAACAUUCUCUUCGACAUCCUCAUCAUCUUGUUGCCGAUCCCGCAUAUUCUGAAAUUGACUUUGACACGGAAGAAGAAGAUGCAAAUCAUCUCCAUGUUCUGUGUUGGCCUCUUUAUUACACUUACCAGUGUGGUACGUCUUCAGGCACUUAUCAGCUUCCGCGCAACAACCAAUUUUACAUGGGACUAUGUCGGCGUCAGCUACAUGUCGAUGCUUGAAAUUGAUGUGGGGAUCAUGUGCGCGUGCAUGCCAGCAUUGCAGCUCCUCCUUCGACGUGUAGCACCCAAAAUUUUCGGGAGCACUGCGGACCAGAGCUCUUAUUUACACCCACACACUGGAUCGCGGAGCCGAACUCGAACAUUCCGCCACACUGGCAGCCAUGCUCCACAGCCCAAGAGCAUCACCAAAACCAUUACUACCACCGUUACCGACAUGCCGAAAGACAGCGACUCGGUCAUGGAAUUGGUAGACAAUGAUCGACACGAUGGCCAUGCAGCAAACAUGGAUGGUAGCUCCUUUGCCACUGUGUCGUCCGAACAUCCCCAGAAACCAAAUUGGUAA